AGAGAUAGGGUAGAUCACAUAAGGCCUUCAGGUCAUUUGUGCGUGCGUGUGUGUUUUCCGUCGGCGAUAGAAAAAGACAUGAAGGGUGUUUUGUGGUACGUCGUGUUUUCAUUGGCAAUGGGAUGUGGCCUCGCCGUGAACGUGACCAUUGGAGUUGUGAAUCUUGGAAAGGCGUUUCCCGGUUUUGACCAGGCCCUGAGAACCAUCCAGGAAAGCGAGGACUUCCCGGAAAAUGUCCAGAUCAACAAAGUCGAGAAAACAAUCAACGUGAAAGAUGCAAGUCUUCCUGUCUUAAGCGCAGAAGUGGCCAAUUUCCGUGAUGAAGAGGUGUGUGCCACCGUCGUGUUGGACUGUUGGGACGAUCACUGCCCAGACACCUCAUUCAUCCUACGCGCCCUCCCCCAGCCCAUCAUACGGGUGGGACCGCCCGUCAACAAGAACCAACACGUCCUGGCAAACGUCGACACUCUGGAAAUCACCCCUUCAGCUAACGAGUUGGCCAUGAUGUUACAUCAGACCAUUGGGAAGUUUGGUUGGCGUUCUGUUACCAUAUUCUACCAUAAAACAGGAGGUUACCACGAGGUAUCUGAAGAGCUGAUGUCGUUGAUGAGUCAGUCCUCUACCUUCUACCGUAUGGCCGAGAUUCCCGAUGAUGAGAGAACCCGCUACGAACAACUGGAGAUCUUCCUCAGGAGCUCAAAGAGUCGCAAGGAAAAGCGCUUUCUUCUCAUUGCAGAUGUUGAAGUGACCAACGAAGUUCUUCAUCAAGCUCAUGGUCAUCUCAUGCUUGAUCCAAGACACCAUUGGAUUCUAUCAAACUUGGAGUUGAACAAACUUGAGUUGUUUGAAUACAGGAAUACGGGAGUACAUCUGACAGUUUUCCAGUUGCGGAGUCACGGUACGACAGAUUUUAUGUUCGAUGAUGCUUUAAGAGGAACCAACCAAAGCUACAGUAUCCAAAACGCACUGGCCUUCGACGCGGCGUCGGUAGUUUCCCAUGCGGCCAUGGUUUCUGCUAAUGAGCAGGAUGUCUGCAAUGGGAUACGGACGGCAGUUCCAGAGGUUCGGCUGAACGGGAGUACGGGGACUGUGGCGUUUGGUCCCGAGGGAACGCGGAUGGAUCUUUCUGUUGAGAUAAUGCAGCUUUCCUCGGAAGGACGACCAGCGAACGUCGGACAUUGGCAGGAAGGAGUUGGAGUCACUUUUGAGGCAUGGACCAAGUUGGAACACCAACAGACGGCAGACCCUGUCUUAGGAGGACGACAGCUUAAGAUCCUUGGAAGAGUGAAGAGGCCGUGGCUGACUCUGAAAGAUGGCGCCACUUGCCAUUAUGAAAAGCCCUGUCAUAGAAAGAACUUCGAGGGAUUCUUUCCUGAUCUAAUGGACCACUUGCAGAAACGUCUUGGCUUCACAUGGGUGAUGAAUCUAACAAAAAUCAAAAUCGGUGAGAAAGUUAAUGGUGAAUGGACUGGACUUACCGGUGCACUUAUUAAUAAGAAGGCUGACGCAGUGCUCUAUGGAGCUACCACACGUUCCAGACGUACUGAAGUUUUAGAGUACUCCUUUCCCCUGGCCCACCAAGGCUACUACAUCAUCAUCAAACGUGCAGAUUCCACGCUCAACAUCAUGGACGUCGCUGGAAUAUUUGAGUUCCUAGCUCCGUUCGAGAUUUUGGUAUGGGCCGCUAUUGGGGCGGCCGUCGUUGCAGUCAGCAUCUCACUCUUUCUUAUUAACAGGCUGGAUCCGUUUGAAUGGCGCGGGCUGGCACAACGAGGUAUUGUGGAAGCAGAUGAAGGCAAUAACAUGAACCUAGUGCAAAGUGCGUGGUUCACGUACGGCUGUCUAGUGGGACAGGGCGGAGAAAAUUUGCCAAAAUCCAUUGCUGGACGGGUCGUUGCUGGAACCUGGUGGUUCUUCAUUCUCGUGACCGUAGCCUCGUACACGGCCAACCUGGCGGCCUUCCUCGGGAGGGCUAACAAAGUGUACUCCAUCCACACCCCUGAUCAACUCAUCGCACAACGCACCAUGCCCUAUGGGACCUACAGAGGCUACACGUUGUUGAAGUUCGUACAGAACACAACUCUCCCUCCCUACCGGUCCAUGGGGAAGUACAUGCAGGAACAUAGGGACACCGCCAUACUGGACACCAAAGAGGAAGGACUGCGUCGUGCAUCAGAGGGCAACUAUGCAUUCAUCGCAGGGGCAAACUACAAAUACGUGCUGCAAAACGACUGGUGCAACCUCACCUUGGCUUCUGACCCCUUCUUCAAGUCAAUGAUUGCUUUGCCGUUUCCUGCCGGAUCUCCAUACUUGGAGCCAAUGAACAGAGCUCUAAUGGCGAUGCAGGACGAAGGAAUUCUGGACAGUCUUAAACUCAAGUGGUUGGAGAAACCUGGCAAGUGUAUGGAGCACAACAAACAAGAUGGCGUCCUUCGCAUCAACAACUUCAAGGGAGUCUUCAUCGUGCUGCUUCUCGGCAUCACCGCUGGUGGUAUCGUCGGUCUGUUCGAGUGUUUUGGACAUCAGGGGCGCAAACUCACCAAAAAGGCCUGCACCAAAGCGUCCCCUAAGAAAGAAAAUGCAGACUCUGAGGUAACCAUCACGAUGGCUAACGGGACUUAGGACGUCAUCAUGGUUCAUUUUAUGUAUCAAUCUAUUCACGAAUCUCUUUAUUUAUUCCGCUAAUUUAAUCCGCAAAGUGGGCUUUUAUCCGAUGGACCAUUCUGCAUUACACCUCAAUAAAUCUAUGGCCAUGCAUGUGUUUUGACCCAUAGGCAAGCUUCAAAACUUAACGCUGGUUAACCUUUAUCUGCUGGGUUUUAGGAAUACAGUUUCAAAUCGACAGACUGUCGUUAAAAACUGCAAUUUUUUCAAAAGAAAUCGUAAUGAAACCACCAUCCAUCGUCUUGAUGGCCCUAAACACACUGCUUUUGAUACUAUCGGAUAUAGGUUACCCCACAGAAAGUCGUUCGUAACGAUGAAGCUCUUCUGUGAAGAAUACUGUCUAAAGUUUAAUGAAAUUUAUAAUUAUGUAACCCAAUUUUAAAUGGUCAUAACAUAAUUAAUUUUUAUUGCUAGUACUGCAAAAAUACUAGUACUGAAGAGACGACAAGAGCCGAAGAAGAUUACUGCAAAAAUAACCUAAAAUUUUACUAUUCUUGUAAACACUAAAUCUAGACGUAUUAACUUAGAAUGAUUGCUUCUAAUUUUCUUCUUUUAGAAAGACUAUAUAAUGCACUAUAUAUAUUGUAUAUGUAAAGUCUGGCCUGUACUCUCAUAUAUAGCCUAUAUAGCCAUAUGCAUGAUUAACCAUCUAGAUAAAGUCACAUAUGUCUAUAUAUAAUAUAUGUAGUGUUAUAUAACUUCGUAGCUAUGCUGACUGCAUAACUUAUCUAGAUUGAUAUAUCUAUGUCGUUCUGAUGAAUGUUUGUAUGUCAAAAUAAUGCAACAAAUAUGAAUAAUGUUAUAAGUGAAAUGUGCUGUGAUCAUGUGCUUGGAUACAAUGUGAUACAAUUAUUCGCCUUCUAAAGAUAUUUUGCCUAUAGCUAUUGUCUUCAAAGACAAUACCAAAUUAUGUUUAUGAGGUUGACAUCUUACACAUAUCUGUUAACUUCUUAUGCCUUUCAUGCUAUGUAUAUUUAUUAUAGUCGAUAAUAAAUCAUGAAUGUACCCUUUCCCAGACGAUUCUAAACUAGAUUUGUAAGGACUGGAUGUUAUCUGUAUCACUGUUAUAUUCUAUCUGACCUGUACCCCCCUCAUGACGUCAAUGAAAAGCGGCCUGCAGGCCGAUUUGAGCUUCCCAUUAACGACAACAAAUAAUAGAUAAAGGUUCAAACGUUUUAUGCAUGCAUGAAUAUGUAGGCACACUGUGUUAAUUAGGAAGCAAUAUGGUGCACACUGACAUAUUCAGACUUUCAUAUCUAUUGUGAUGUGAACAUACAAAUAAACGUUUUCACGA